AUGUUCCAAGCCGUGGACAUCACCGGAAACUUCUACUACUGUCCCACGUACGAUCUCACCAAUACGUUGCAGUACAAUACCGUCAUGUACACUAAGUCCCAGCACAACACAAAGAGAGCCAAGCGGAAACCAUCCAAUAAUGGCUUGAGCACCAGUGAUAAGCGGGCCUGUUCUAAAGAUAGCAGCCAAUCAAAAGCCCCAAAACCAUCCACUGCGGCUGAGGCUGGGCAAGGCCUGAGACAACCAUCGUCGGACCAGCUGGGCGACGACCAACACACAUACACCGACGACGACAGGGGGAACUCAGUCACUCAGAGCAAAGCAACCGCCGAAACACGACGCCGAGCUUCGGAAUCACAGAGCACAUCACAGUUCGGUACAACGCCAACCAACGAUGGCACGACGGAAUCCCCUACACACACGCGCCUAAGACACUCUCCUCCACCGCCUGUGACGCCACGUAAGGGACGGCGUAGGUUUCGCACAUGUCUGAGCCACGACCCUGCCAGCGGGUCUUUCUCGCCAAUAACUGGGUCGAAGAUGCUGGCAUUUGAUGCACAAUCACUUCGUGCCGGAGACCUAUCUCGCCUACAGUCGAACGCCACACCGGCUGAGCCUCAACCCAAGGCAGAACCCGACACCACCAGCAAGAGUGAUGAUGAUGGGUUUGUGUUUGUCGAUGUUAGUCCUAGCGGGCAUCUCAUUAGCACCAUGAACGGUAGAGACCGCCGGUUCAUAGGCACAGAAAGGAAUAGGAUGCGAUCCGAGAGUCCUAGCAUAGUCAUAGACUCAGAUGUUGGCAUGCGCAGCCGUCUGAGUGAUGCUAUGGGUGUCAGGCGGUCCAGACUGGAGUGUUUGAGGACAGUCUCUACACCUGUGUGCGAGUUUGUGGACCAGGAAAGGACAGGCGAGCCAGACAUUGACGACGGUAAUAUCAAACGCACAGUCACUCUGCCCCAUACCGGUACCGCCAAGGCUGUGCCCACGUUAUCGACUGAAAGAACCGCAAGACUACCUACAUCAGAGUCACAAGCAGCCAAUGAAAUCAAGCGGAUGUCAAACUUCCACAUGGGCAGGCGCUCGCCCAUGACCUCGCCUAUAGUACGCGCAUCGAGUGCACCCCCCUCUAGCAGCACCCUCAGACACGUGGACACCAGUGUACGUGUACAGGCCAGCCAACCCCCCGAAUACGUCAAGCGGUUGCUGGCUGUGAGCGGAAAGUUCAGCUCCUUCAAUGUGGCAGCCUUCUUAGUAAAGUGCACGGACGUCCUCGGACUAGAAUCGUCUGAUCUGUACAUCCAUUCCGUUAAGAACCGCAAAGGCAUCAGUGUAGCUGUUGACCUCUCCGCAAAGGGCCUACAUGCGCUCGAGAAUCGUUCACCCGACUGCUUGACCCGUUUAGGAAUAGUGGGGGUGAGUGACUUGCCCCAGUCGCAGCCGCCCGUGCCUGAAUACGAGCCACCUCCGUUUAUGGGGAUGUUUGCCUGGAACCACUUCCUGCUUGAACAAAUGCUACCCGUGUGUCACCGUGCCUGGAUCACGCCCCUGGUGCACGGGUACAUUUCACAGGCGCAACUGAACAUUAUGGGGCGUUUGGUAUCGUUUCUGCUGAUCGCUCGGCGUUCGCGUCACUUUGCGGGUGCGCGGUUUCUGAAACGCGGCGCCAAUGAGAAGGGUCACGUGGCUAAUCAUGUGGAGAGUGAACAGAUUGUGUGGCAGGCCACCACCAGUUCUCAUGACAACGGCAGGUAUACAAGCUUUGUGCAGAUGCGGGGGUCUAUUCCAGCGUUCUGGUCGCAAACGGACCGAGAGAUGUCCUCAAAAUAUGCUCCAAAACCUGGUAUUACCGUGGACCGGGUGGAUCCGUUUGCCACCGCCGCGGCCAUCCACUUCGACAGUAUGAGGCGGCGCUUUGGAAAUCCCUGUGUUGUACUGAACUUAGUCAAGCAAAAGGAAACGAAAGCGCGGGAGAGCAAACUGUUCCACGAGUUUGGCUCCACCAUCCAAUACCUCAACCAGUUUCCGUCAGAAGAAGAUAAGGUAAUCUACAUACCCUUUGACAUGGCCAAGAGCGCCAAAAGUAAGCACGAGAACGUGAUCGACGAGCUGGGCCUGAUAGCCAAGCGGUGUCUGUCUAUCACCGGCUUCUUCCACUCGGGCCCCACCGUCGCCACACAGACGGAUCAGAUAGGCGGACGGGACUACUCAGAACACUCCAUAGGGCGCAAGCAACUGGGUGUGCUACGCGUGAACUGUAUUGACUGUCUGGAUCGGACCAAUGCCGCAUGCUUCAUGAUUGGGCGGGAGAUGUUUGCUAACCAGCUGUAUGUGCUGGGCCUGAUACCGGACACACAGUUGUCGUUCUCCAGCGACUGUGUCAGAGUGUUCGAGAAAAUGUACGAGGAACACGGAGAUGCCAUCGCCACCCAAUACGGAGGAUCUAACCUGGUCAAUACUAUGGAAACAUACCGCAAGACUAGCAGAAGCAGGCUCAGAGAUAAGGCUGCGGCAGCCCAACGAUACCUGAGCAACGCAUUCAACGACGAGCAUAAGCAAGGGGCCAUAAAUCUGUUCCUGGGUAAGUUCCAGCCAAAAAUGCACAGAGGAUCACUCACAAACACACCCCGCACUCCCCUGGCGACAGCCCGUACGAAGCUACACACGCUGGUGGAGUGA